AUGUCUACAAUACCUCUCCGGCAUAGUAGAAGGCAGUGGCUUCCGCUUUUUCUCCUCUAUCUUGUAUCGACUCUUAUCAUUCUCCCUGCAGCAACGUUGGCAGCGGAUGCAGGCGUCAAAGUUUCCCGCUUUGCACAUCUUCCCUCCAAGGUCAGCUACUUUGACGACAGCUCCGUCGUGCUCUAUCAUGACGCUACUGCAGGCGUUGUCUAUCGCUCAGAAGAUGAAGGCAAGACGUGGUCUCCUGUCUCUGGCUCUUCCUCGGGCAAGGCAGCCAUGCUCGUGCCUCAUCCUUACGACAAGAAGCAGGCUUUCAUCCUCUCGCGCGAGUUGACCCAUUGGCGCUCCACUGAUCGCGGCAAGACUUGGCAAGAAUUUCUCACACCUGAACCACCAGCCACGCGUGCUGGUCCGCCCAUGGAAUUCCAUGCCGAUGAGAAGCACUGGGACUGGAUCAUCUUUACCGGCAAAAAAUGCUCCAUGUGGACACCCUGGGGAGGCAGAAUUUGUCACGACGAAGCCUACUACACCACCAACGCCUUUGCCACGAAUCCGCCUAGAUUGCUCGAGUUUGUCAUGCAUUGCAAUUGGGCCAAGGCAACACCCGAAAUGCAGACAAGCACGGAUGCUCUCGAGCGCAUCUUUUGCAUAGCUUGGGAAGAUGCGCAGGAGCAAAGACGCUCCAUGGUGGCAGGAGGCACAGGUGGAUCCACCAGGCUCUUCCAGUCGGAUGACUUUUUCAAGUCGAGAAAGAUGGUUGAGCUCGAUAUGGGCCGCAACGCUCGGCAAUUCGCCGGACUCGGGCCUUCGAAACGAUUUCUCGUAACAGCGCUCCGCGAUUCUCAGGGUAGUUCGUCAAAAGCUGGCACCGAAAUGGCGCUCUUUGUGACAAAAGAUGGUGUCAAGUGGGAAAAGGCCAAGUUCCCACACGGUUCCGAGCUGCGCGAGAACGCCUACACAGUAGUAGACAGCACCUCACAUUCGAUCAUGAUCGAUGUCGUCGACUCGGUCUACGACAAUACCGGUGUACUCUUCACCAGCGACAGCACAGGUACGCAGUUUGUAGAGUCGCUACGUGGCACACGUCGAACGCCGCAAGGGUUGGUCGACUUUGAGCAUCUGGUCAAGAUCGACGGUGUCGGCAUCGCCAACGUGCAAUCGGAAGCCGAGGGCGGGGUGCGCUCCAUGAUCACUUUUGACGAUGGCAGCAGCUGGCAUACGCUCAAACCACCCGCUGAGGACGACAAGGGUAAACGCAUCGACUGCGAUCCCAGUGAUGCCGAAAAUUGUGCUUUGCAUCUCUGGUCCGUCUCGGGCAAGACAAAUGUCGGCAAGCUCUUUUCCUCGGUCGCCCCGGGCUUUGUUAUGGGCGUCGGGACCAUCGGCAAAGGCUUGAAGAACUACGACGAGUGCGACACCUUUCUCAGCAUCGAUGCAGGGCGCACAUGGAAAAUGGUCUCGCGCGACGCGCACAAGUACGAGUUUGGUGACCAGGGCUCGGUGCUCGUCAUGGUGGACGACGAAGAUGUUACAGACCACGUUUCCUACUCGACCAACUUUGGCAAGACAUGGAACAAACUGAGCCUGGGCGUCACGAUGCGCGCCAAAGUUCUCACCACGAUUCCGGAUAGCACCUCGCUCAAGUUCUUGCUCGUCGGCAGUCAGACGAGAAAGCAGGCAGGUGGAAAGGAUCGCAACGUCGUCAUCUUUCUCGACUUUGCAGAGAUGAAGAAGAGCAAAUGUAGGGAAAGCGACAUGGAAAAGUGGUACGUGCAGGCUGCUGCGGAGGGAAGCUGUCUCAUGGGUCACAAACAGUGGUACAAGCGCAGAAAGCCGGACGCAGACUGUUUCAUUCAAGACAAGUUUCACGAUCCUGAGGACAAGGAGGAUCCGUGUCCCUGCACCGAUGCUGACUACGAAUGCGAUUUCGGCUUUGUACGCGACAAGCAAGGCGAGUGUGUGGCGACAGGCAACGAGCAUAUUCCGGAAGGCGCUUGUGCCAAGCCUAGCGAUACGUAUCUGGGGUCGUCCGGAUAUCGCAAAGUGCCAGGUAACACGUGCGAUGCCGGAAAGGGCAUUCGCAAGGAUGAAAAGACGCAAAAGUCGUGCAGCGGCAAGAAUAUGCCUCAAAAAGGCAGCGUGCUGCACAAGUCUUUCACAUUUCCUUCACUCGUGGUUGACAAGAUGUACUUUCCGGAAUCGUCAAGCGUGCUCGUACAGCUCGCCGACGGCACGGUGUUUCAAUCGCUCAACGACGGAUACUCGUGGAAACAGCUCAAUGGAGAUGGAGCGCCGUCAUCUGCGGAAGACCGAUUCCUGACCAUGGCGCUCCAUGCGUACGACCCGAAGCGCGGCUACUUGAUCACGGCAGGCCAGCGUGUCUACUAUACGACGAAUCAGGGCGCGAGCUGGAGCUGGUUCUCUGUACCGCUUCCGGCCAACGGUCUGGGAAUCAACAUCCUCGACUUCCACCCAGACCGGUCGGACUGGCUGAUCUGGACGGGCAGUCGCGACUGCACCUUUUCCACCGCCAAGCAGUGCCAUGCGGAAGCUUGGUAUUCGGUCAGCAACGGCGCCAAGUGGGAAAAGAUCGACUCGUACGUGCGCACAUGCUCGUGGGCGCGUGACAAAAAGCUCAAGAUGGACGCUCGCGCCAUCUUUUGCGAGAGCUACCAGGACAAGAAGGGCAACCAGCGCGAGUUUACCGCUGCCAAUCGACUUGAGCUGAUCCGCGGCGACGAGUUUUACCGCAAGCGCACACGCGUGUUCGAUGCCGUUGUUGGGUUUGCCGUGUUUGAGCAGUACCUGGUAGUGGCCGAGUAUGUGACGACGUCUUCGGCACCCGGUCUGCAACUGCACGUUUCGCUCAAUGGGCGCGACUUUGCACCGAUCCACUUCCCGCCCGGUAUGCAGCUGGGCACGCGCGCGUAUACAGUGCUCGACUCGGUCACGGACGCGAUUUUCUUGCACUUUACAACGCACUCGGAGGCAGGAUCUGAGUGGGGAACGCUGCUCAAGAGCAACUCGAAUGGCACGUUCUACACGCAGUCGCUCGACUUUGUCAACCGCAACGACAAGGGAUUCGUCGACUUUGAAAAGAUGAUGGGUCUAGAUGGUGUGGCGAUUGUCAAUGUUGUGAGUAAUCCAGACGACGCCUCGGUCUCGAGGCAGAAAGAUCUGGUGACGCGCAUAACGCACAACGAUGGUGGUCGAUGGAAGUCACUGGUGCCACCGAGUCGCGAUGUGUACGGCCAACCGUACGAAUGCAACAAGGUGGGAUGUGACUUGCAUCUGCACGGCUUUACCGAGCGCGACGACCCUAGAGACACGUACAGCAGCCCGUCGGCGGUUGGUCUGAUGAUGGGCGUCGGCAAUGUGGGUCGCAAGCUAGCACCGUACCGCGACUCUGACACGUUUCUGACGCGCGAUGGCGGAUUUAGCUGGGAAGAAGUGCACAAAGAUGCGCACAAAUGGGAAUUUGGCGACCAGGGUUCCAUCAUUGUUCUGGUCAACGACGAGCAAGCGACGGAUAGCGUGCUGUACUCGCUCAACGAAGGUGUCACGUGGGAAUCGUAUACAUUCGGCGAAAGGAUGCGCAUCUCGCAGAUCGUCACAGUGCCAGAGGACACGCAUCGACGCUUCAUUCUUGUGGGUACGCCUUCUGGGUCGGCGACCAAGAGCGUAGCGAUCUAUCUGGAUUUCUCAGCGCUCGAAUCUCGCAAAUGCGUGCUCAACGUGGCGAAACCGGAGGCGGACGAUUUCGAGCUUUGGUCGCCGAGUGAAGAGCGUGCCGAGCAGUGUCUAUUUGGACGUCAGACGUACUACUAUCGACGCAAGCGACGAGCCGACUGCUAUGUGGGCGAGAAGAUUGUCCAGCCUCAUUCAGUGAGCCGCAACUGCUCGUGUACCGAGGCGGAUUUCGAGUGCGAGUUUAAUCACUAUCGCGAUGCGAAAGGCACGUGCGUGCUGUAUCCAGGCGUUUCGCCCUUGUCGACGGACGCGGCGAGUCAGUGCUGGGCAGCAGACAGCGACGGAUACUGGUACGAGAGGACAAAUGUUCGCAAGAUUCCUUAUUCUUGGUGUACGCAAGGAAGCCGACCGGAUCGAGGCACCAGGCAUGUUUGCAGCAACAAUCUGCGCGCUCACGGAUUCCUGUGGUGGUUCUUCGUGAUUGGAUGCGCGUUUGGCUUGGCGGGGCUAGUGGGAUACUGGUGGGCCAAGAAGCAGUCGAGUCGACCUGGGUAUGGCAGUUCGGGACGUAUCCGCCUACCGGACGCGUCGAACCGACUGUAUGGACGCGACUCGGAACUGGUACAGAAUCUGGCAUCGGUGCCAAGAUUUGUGCUUGGCGCAGCAAGUGCGGGCUUUGCGCGGUUCAGAGAGAUAGCAUCGGAUCGCAUUCCAUUCGUGCGCAACCGGCUCGACCGAUCCAGAGGAGCUUACGGUGGAUACCGGCAUCUGUCGACCGACGAAGAUGCUGCCAUGCUCCCCGACUUUGAAGAGGAAGAAUUCGAGCGUUAG